GUACGUUCACUUCUGUCUGAAACCAAAAUCAUAUUUUCAUUCGUCGUUCGUCGCACAGCUGCUCAAGAGCUUUUUCACGAAUCGCGGUCGUUGUGACGGAAGCAAUACACACGGGAGAGCAUAAAGGGGAAAACUUUAAUUCUGUAGAAUCAUCCCCGAGGAAUUUCCCUCCCCCCAGGAACGGUUCCAACUGGUCGGAUUAGUGCAUUCAUUUGGUCAGUGUCCUCAUUCAGGUGAAAGAAAACCCAAGUUCAAUGAAUCGCUCGAUAUGAAAAUAGUGUAAAAUUCGCCUGGUGUGAAGGGAAGCAAAGUUUCACAAGACGGGAAAAAGCUUCAUUUCCUGUCAAUUAAUCGGGACCCGACGGGAGCGGCCUGCGAAGCCAGAGGGGGAGAAAAAGCUAAACUACUACCAGACGACGACGACGAGGAUGGAAUACAUUAGAAUUCAGUCGAAUAAGAAGUGCACUCGGAAGUAAAGCGAAAAUUGGAUUCUGAUCACUGCCACCCAAUAGAGGCAGCAGCAGGAGCAAAAAAAAACAGUACAGCGUUGAGAGGAGUGUUCCACCGAAGGUGGCGACCCGUUGAUAUCCGUAACAGGGAGUCAUAUCACCACCAUGUCAUCACUGGAACACGAUUGUAACGCUCCGGUGGAUCCCAGAGUGCAGAUCGAACUCGAGAAGCUGAAUGAGGCAACAGACAGCAUCAACAAGUAUGAGGUCGAUUUGGAGGAAGCCAAAAACGAGUUCCGCGAGCUGCUCGUGGAAAGUGUCGAGAAGAUCAAAGCGGUUGCGAAGAAGCUUGGUAAUUCGAUUGAAACGGCCAAACCGUAUUACGAGGCUCGGUUGUACGCGUCCCAGCUGGCCAAGGAAACCCAGCAGUCUGCGUUGAACUAUGACAAGGCCAAGUCGGUGCACUCGGCCGCGAAGGAGAUGGUCUAUCUGGCGGAGCAGGGGUUGGGCGAGAAGUCGACCCUGGAUACCGCCUGUCAGGAGAUGCUGACGCACGCCACCACUCGGGUCAAUGAGUCUCAGAAUGAGUGCACGGAGAUGCGGAACCAGCUGAGGAUUAGCGAGUUGAAGCUGGAGGUGGCGAACAAUAGGGUUGCUAAGUUGCAUUCGCAGCUGAAGGGCGCCAUUCGGGCAUCGAGUUUGGAUGUGCGAAGAAAUCUGCUCUUGAUGAAUUUGCUUGUUUAUCAGAAUGAGUUGUUGUUUUUACCGUACUACGAGCUGCGUGCCAACUACAAUGCACUGCUGCUCGAGCACAAGCAGAAGGUGGUCGACCUGGAGGCUAAGGUGUCGGAAGCCAAGAUGACCUACAACGAGGCGUUGACUAGCUUGGAGAAGAUCUCGGAGGAAAUCCACCAGCAGCGGAAAGCACGCGCCAGUAGCAUCGACGAGGAUGCAUCCUCGUCUUCGUCCUCGGCUACCCAUCCGAGAAAUAGUCAGCUCACGGGAGUGGCCAACCAGAUAUUCGGAGCGAUGUAUCUGCCCUACAACAGUGCGGCCCCCACGGCGAGAAUUGAAUGCAGCGAUGAGUAUCUGGAGUUCCCGGCGAAACUGGGACUCAAAUCAAGUCCGAUCAAGCAGAAGUAUCUCGACAAGCUGGAUUGUCCCCACUUGCUGAAGGAUUUCGCGCGGAAAGCCAGCCCCGGCGGGGAGAGUGACUCCGAUAACAACUAUCUGUUUUCACCGAAUCGAACGAUCGAUGACAUCACCAACAUGUCCUCGGAGGACAUUGAACAGUGGACGGAGAUUCGACUGUCCAACUCAAACAGUAGCAGUUCCGGGUAUUCGCAGCAUAACUCGCUGGCGCUGGAGGAUGACGGAGCGACGUUGCCACAGGUGGUUUCCGACACGACCGACACGGACUCAGAUGAUAGCAAUUCGGGGCCGAGGGUCAAAGCUCGCAUCAUCAAGAUGGAGAUCCACGAUGACAGCGCGAACCAGAACGUGCUGAAGAAGAGCGAAGGAAUCGCGAGUUGGAUCACGGGCCGCUCGAUUGGCCGUUCGCCGUCGGUCUCGGUGACCGGGUGCGCACCGAUGGGUGCGAUGAAGGACGCGGCGAGCGGUGGCGGACUUGGAAGCAGUUUGGGGCGGCGGCAGAGUCUCGACAUCAUCAUCGAUACGGGCGAUCGGGUGAAGGAUGUGUUCACCCAGGGCAUCCAGCGGAUCGGUCGGACGCUGGAACGACGCAACAGCGAAUCGGAGGUGGCCCGGGAUGAGGACUCGGGUGGUGGUGCCAGCAGUGGCGUUGGCACGGGGAGUAAUUCCGGUACGGGGAGUGAUUUUUUUCUCUUCCAACGCUCGUCGGAUCCUUCGCGGGAUGGCCUCUCGGAUGAGCAGGUGGAGAACUUACUUCUAGGCCAGGAUUGCUCGAACCUAUUCCAGAACGUGGUAAACAUAUCGAAAUAGGGGGCUAGAGGCAAGAAAACGGAGUGAACGGAUAGGUCAGUGAACGGACAGAGGCUGUUUUCUGUGAUUCGAAGAGAGGGCGAAAUCAUUUGGUGCAAUAUAACAAAAAAAAGGGUGGAGUGAGAACCGCGGAAGUGCUAAUAGGAUCUGCUAAGACUAUACACUUAUUAAGCAAUUAUUCACUGUAGAAAUCUAAUAUUUUAACUAUCGUAAGUAAUAAUAAUGAACAUGAAAAAGUGAAUCGAAUAAAUAAAAGCGGCAUGAACAAGAAGAGAGAAUGACGGAGAGAGUGACAACGUUCUCAGCAUUGCGAUGAAGGCACAAUUGGCGAAAACUUCCAACCAAAUCAUAUCAGAAGACCUAGAAUGGGCUAGAAGUGUAGUUUUUUUCCGAGACAUUUGAUGAGAUAGCCGAAGAGAAUUAGAGGAAGGAGUAAUUCCUUGUGACUUCCGAGAAGUUAGGACCAAAUUAGUACGAUUAUGUAUCUGACAAAGCUGUGUCACUCUGAGCUGUCAUUCGGUGCGCGUAACAAAAACAAAUUAGUCGACAAUUAGCUAUCGAAAAAUUAUGUUAACUAUUCUCAAAAACAAAGUCCUAAGAGUGGCGAUGCUCGCUUUAGAAUAAUAAUGAUUUAAUGUGAUUAAAUACACUACUCUGACGUCGAAACAAUCGAUGUUCGGGCAACACAAAAAGCAAUUUCAAAAGCUGUCGAGGAAAAAUUUCGUUCCGAGCAGGGCAAUUAAUUCGAGCAUUCUUUUUCUCUGACUACGCGUCUAUAUAUUGACAUUUGUUAUGCUAAAUGUAAUGAGCUCCCCGCGAAAGCCUAGCAAAGAAAGGUUAUAUUGUUGUGUAGUGUAAUAAUUUAAAAUAGAACUAUAACUGAUCAAAAUUGAGGCAAAUAAAUUGAACCAAAAAUAUCAUCUA